AUGCUGCCGCAUCCCAAAGUAUUGAUUUCUGCAAGCCUUGCCACCAGCUCCAGUUCUAACCUCUAUAGAGAUGUUCUUCGGCGACAUGAACGUACUUGCAAAUCACGAGGCCUGGGCGACACGACUCGAGUAGAGCCAGAUUGGAAUUUAUCAGCCAAACAUUCUUCUUCGAGCUCAAAUGAGAUCGAGAGUCUUGCAUCUCUGCUACAGAGAACCGAUAACUCAGAUCUUGAGACAUUUGGCGAGUCAUCUAGCAAGAGGCUUUGCAAAGAAAAUGAUGCCCCGCGUCAAGCUGGAGACAUGGGUUCCUUUUUCGAUCCAAGUGUACCAAUGUGCGACAUGUUAAACGAAAGUCUGGGCAUGACCUACCAGCUGGAAUUCUCUGAGCUGGACUCUCUUCUAUUUCCCAGCGUUACUGCCGACAUAUUGAUUGCAGAAAGGCUGGAGCAUAUGGUCUUUUUCACUAGCUCACGAGGGAUGGCCAGCUUCACAGACCGUGAUACUUUUCAGUGGAAGCAAAAAUUAACCUGCGAAGCUUACGAUCAAAAGACAAAAAGAAUCGGGCUGGAUAUUCCCGCUCAGACGUUCGAUUCACUGUCAUCAAAGUCCCAGGAAGUCAUUGACAGUUUAAAGGCAGUCAUCUGCAAGAAGAGAAAUGAUGACAUUAUCAAAUUGGACUGGACUCAUGCGACACUCGAGAUUUGUCUUCACUUAUUUUCUCCACCCAAUAUUCAUCGCUUCUUGGAGUACUUUUGGUCUCUGUGGUAUCCACAUUGUCCUAUUGUACACAGACCACUCUUUGAUGCAACGUCGGCAUUAUCGCCGUUGUUAUGCGUGAUGGUGAUCAUCGGGGCAUGCUUGUCUCCUGACACUCAUGACGGGCAAGCUGCCAAAAAAUGCCUUGAUAGUGUCGAAGAGCUUAUCUUUGGUCAUGAGAUAUUCCGGUGCGAUGCUGAGCCCCCUAACAAUAGGGAGCAUUCAAAGAAAGAAAAGACGCAAUACAUCCAAGCCGCGUAUCUUGUAAGCACUUUGCAAAAACGAGAAGGAUCUGUCGAGGCGCAAGCAAGGAUCCGGCGCUAUAGACAUGCCUCAAUGGUGGCGCUUGCAAGACAUAUCGGACCAAGUGAAGCGUCACAUCGAAAUCUCCAUCUUGAAGAAGCAACUCAAUCUUGGUGGCAGACAUUCGCUGAAGAGGAAGAGUUAAUCCGAACUUUAAUCUUCGUCUUCCUGAUCGAUGUAGCGCUUAUAGUUCUUCACAACUCACCCCCAAGAAUGCUUAUUUCCGAAUUACGAAUGGACGUCGCCUGCCCCGAAGCAUGCUUCCAAGCCGAAUCAGCCGCCGAAUGUCUUGGAUCUCUUCGCGUAUGGGCAGGAACCCGCUUCUGGAAGAAAAAAUUAUCAAUCGUCUCUGUCGUCCGACGAAUAUGCCAGAGCCCAAUAAAAGACGGACUAGUUCAAGAGUUUUCCCAACUGGGUACACUCAAUUUGUUUACUGUCGUGCAAGCCAUCCACUCGCUCAUGUUCCACUUACACAACUCUCUGGUCUUUGAAUCUACUCUGACCCCGGUCCAAAUUGGCCUAGAGAACUGGAGACAAGUUUGGAUUGAAAGGGUACCCGAGGACGAAGGAAUGCCAGGCACCGCUCAAAAUCUAUGGAAGCAAGUAGGAUUCCUUCGGCGCGCAUCUGAAUUCUGGCACUUAGCUCGUAUCAUGGCAGACAAGAUUAUGUCUACCAGCCAGGAUGAUGAUUUCGAGGUCAAUACUAAGCUUUCAAAAUAUGAUCAGACUGAUAUGGGCGAUGUGAAUGGGAUGAUCAAGGAGUAUCGGAUGUUGAAUUUGGGAGUGCAAUAA